AUAAUAAUUCGGGCACCAGGCAAUCCUUCAUCCCUUUCUAGCCAUCAAAAACCUCGCUGGUGUUUUGCUUCCUAAGCUGAACUGCAUUUUCUCUUUCAGAUUGAAAAUGGCGUUCUCUCUCAAUACAAACCUCAACCAACCUUCUCUCAGUUGCGGAACUAAGCUAUAUUCAGGACUGAAGCUUCAAUCUCCAGGUCUGUAUGCAACUGGGAGGCCUAAUUUGACAUCAGAGUUCUAUGUAAGGGUUAACAAGAGCCUCCAAUGCGGGACUCGCAACCAUAGACCAAUAAGGGCAGGAGUUAAAAUGAUGCCUAUAGGGACACCAAGGGUGCCCUAUAGAACUCCUGGUGAGGGAACUUGGCAAUGGGUUGAUUUGUGGAAUGCCCUGUAUCGAGAGCGCGUAAUCUUCCUUGGACAAAAUAUAGAUGAAGAAUUUAGCAACCAAAUGUUGGCAACGAUGUUGUACCUUGACACUAUUGAUGAUUCCAAAAGGAUAUAUUUGUACAUUAAUGGUCCUGGUGGAGAUCUUACUCCGAGCUUAGCUUUAUAUGAUACUAUGCAGAGCUUAAAAAGUCCUGUUGCUACCCACUGUGUGGGAUUUGCCUAUAAUCUAGCAGGCUUUAUUCUUGCUGCUGGGGAAAAGGGAAAUCGCUCUGCAAUGCCUCUUUCAAGGAUUGCUCUACAAUCACCAGCUGGGGCUGCACGUGGUCAGGCUGAUGACAUUCGUAAUGAAGCAAAUGAGCUUCUUAGGAUCAAGGACUAUCUUUACAAUGAGUUGGCCAAGAACACAGGACAACCUGCUGAGAAGAUUAACAAGGACCUGAGCAGAAUGAAACGCUUCAAUGCUCAGGAGGCACUUGAAUAUGGGCUAAUUGAUCGUAUAAUCAGGCCACCUGCAGUAGAUGCUGAUGAUCGUCCCAGAGAUCCAUCAGCUGGUCUUGGUUAGUGUAUACAUGUUCAUCACCUCAGCUUAUGACUGUUGGAACUUACAGAAAGUUUCUUAAUUACUUGUACAAUUGGCUAUUCAGUUAGGAAGAAGCAUUUUCUUUCAAUUCCUGUUUUGCAUCCCUCCCAUAUAAUCAGAGGUACUUAAAUACUUUGUCUCGAAAAGGUAUCUAGUUAUAUUGAUCAUCAUCAAUUACCAAA